GCACUUGAACACCUGCGCCGCCGUCAACUCACACUUCAUCAUCAGCGCCGCCAUCAUCCUACACAUCAGCAUCAGCGCCGCCAUCCUCCCACACAUCAGCACAUCACCAUUAACAUCGGCACAGCUCAGACCUUGUUUCAACAUGUCCUUGAUCCUCUCAAACGGAGAAAAGUUGACUCUCACGGAAGCACUGCAAAAGGAUGACAAUAUAUUGCACAAACUUCGCCACUGCGAGGACAAGAGCAAGAUGCACACUCGACUCUGGAAGAAGCGCUCUCAGAUUCAAGCUAUUGUCGCACGGGAUCUAGGACUCCGUAGCCCUGAACAGUGUGUAGUCACAAUUCCCGCUGAAUGGAAUUUCGGUCACUUCAAUAUCUGUGUGCAUUUACACGUCACCGAUAACCGCAACGAGCGUUCCCGGAAGAUCUUUCGCUGCCCAAUGCCUCACAAAGUCGGCCUCACUAUGCCGGGCGCUGUUGACGAAAAGAUCCGAACCGAGGCGGCGAGCUAUGCUUGGGUGGAACAGAAGUGUCCUGAUAUUCCUAUUCCUCAGUUAAUCGGAUUUGGCCUGUCCACUGGCGAACAGUUCACCCAUCAGCGCUACCUUCCAUGGUAUCGUCGCCUGCGCUUUCAGAUAGGUCGAUGGAUACGCUCCAUCUUUUCCCCCAAGCAGUGUUUCGGCCAGUAUGCGCCGCAGAGCCCCAGCGCUAUUCCAUUCAGCAUGGGUUACAUGCUUAUCGACUUUGUGAACACGGGUUCUAUGCUCUCAUAUACAUGGCAGGAAGGAAAACAUAAUGCGGCAAAGACGGCGCGCCUGUACACCGGGCUCAGCCAGAUAAUGCUUUCACUUGCGAGUCAGCCGCAACACCAAAUUGGCUCACUUCGGUACAAUAAGGAUGGCUCUGUCUCCCUAUCGAACCGUCCUAUGCUCUGCGCUCAAAACAUCUUGGAAAACGAAGGAGCGCCAAGGAUGGAAGGCCUUUACUCCUCUUCUGGCCAGUUUUUGCAGGCUCUCCAGGACGGCCGAGCUAACAACUUCGCCUCUCAACUGCACGCUGUACAUGAUGAAGAAGACUGCCGACUACAGAUGGCUCAGAUGGUCUUACUUAGGAGCAUAGUUCCAAAGGCCUUUAAUCUAGAAUAUACAGGACCUUUUGUCUUGCAAUUUACAGACUUGCAUCACAGUAACAUCUUCGUGGAUUCCGACUGGAACAUUACUGGAAUCAUCGAUCUGGAGUUCAUGUGCUCACUGCCCCCGGACAUGCUAUCGGUACCUUACAGGUUCGGUGUCGAUUACAUUGACAGCGCGAGCGAGCAGAUAGAAGAUUUUACCGCGAUGUACGACUCGUUUGUGCAAAACUUCUCCGCCGUAGAGAAGAAACGGAACAAGGAGCAAACCGCGCCUCUCGCGAAUGCUAUGCACCAAGCUUUGCGAUCAGGAACAUACUGGAUAAAUCACUGCUUCACAUCGAUCGAUGGCAUGUCAAGUAUUGUAGAGGGUCACAUAUUCCCUAUGUUCGGCUUCGACCAAACGGUUGAAGAGGAGGAAGCCUUCUAUAAGAGUCUUUCACAUUUCUGGUCCCCGGACUCCGAACAAUUUGUGCAGCGGAAGUUGGCUGAACGAGCACGAUACAACCUUGAUCUCCAGACUCAUUUCGAGACCACGAAACCCUCCAAGUUGGCAACCACUAUUGUAAUCCAUAAGUGAAAUUUGACCUGGCCGAAGUCAUAACUCGUUUCAGGUCGUUGCUCGUUGACAGCUGCAAGGCGUCUUAUUCUUGUGAUUGCGAUCUUCCACUGUAUUGGAACGAGCGAAAACUGCCUGGCUUGUUUGUUUCGUACCUCCUAUAGGGUAAAGAGAGCAGGUGAAGUCGAAGGAUCAGGCUUGGCAAGACUUAUUGGUCAGGCAGUCCAAUGGUAUUCCCUAAUUGGCAAAACCCGAAAC